AGCAUCAUCCUGAAUAACCACGAUCAUCCUGUGUUCGAUUAUUUUUUAAAGGAUUAAUAAUCAAAUGUCGAGCAAUUAAUCCUGCAGCGCAAAGAUGACAGACCCGAAGCAAAUGAUGGCACCAAAGAGUGCUAAAAUUGCAGCUGGGGCUGUUGUGUGUGUUGAAAGUGAAGUCAGAGGAGAUGUCACCAUCGGCGCUAGAACAGUCGUCCACCCAAAAGCUCGGAUCAUAGCUGAAGCAGGGCCUAUAAUUAUUGGAGAAGGUAAUCUGAUAGAAGAACAGGCUCUUAUUAUCAAUAGUUAUCCAGAGAAUAUAAUGCCAGACUCAGAGGGAGUUGAGCCUAAAACAAUGACCAUUGGGACCAAUAAUGUGUUUGAAGUGGGGUGUGUAUCCCAAGCUUUGAAAAUCGGAGAUAACAACGUGAUUGAGUCAAAGGCUGAUGUUGGGAGAAAUGUGAUCCUGACUAACGGCUGCAUCAUCGGUGCAUGCUGCCAGGUGAACACAUGUGAUGUGGUCCCGGAUAACAUGGUUGUUUACGGCUCCAACUGCAUCAGACGCGUGCAGAGCGAAAAGCCGCAGCCACAAACCCUGCAGCUUGACUUCCUCAUGAAGAUCCUUCCUAACUACCACCACCUGAAGAAGACUGUGAAAGCAAGCGGCACGCCUUUAAGAAACUAACCAGAGAACGCUGGCGAAUAAUUCCUCUCUUUAAGAGAAACUAGAUAUGCAAACACAAAGAGUCUAAAAUGUCCCAAUUUAUGGUAUUUUUCCCACCACAGCACCCCUCUGCUAUUUUCUUAGGUUUAUCUUCUGUUUCUGUGUGUAACAAUGUUGCACCUGAAGUUUAAAAAGUUAAUGUGCAAAAAAAGACAUGAAUAAAACUAUAUAUCACAAUAAAUAUUCAAUCUAA